CAACAAUCUAGUUCUCUCGUUGAGACUCGAGGCGCAUAGGUCACAAGUGUAAAGCAUCUAGUCAUGGCUACCAAGAGCACCAUGCCUUCCCUUGUCCUCCUCAUGGCGCUGCUGCUCUCGUGCAGCGGCAUGAGCAGCGCGGCACGGUUGCUUGAGGAGGCACCGCCCAAGGAGGAGUACCCGCACCCUGCCGUGCCGGAACUGCCAAAGCCCGAACUGCCGCCGCAUCCCGUCGUGCCAGAGUUGCCAAAGCCCGAACUGCCUCCUCACACCACCGUGCCGGAGCUGCCAAAGCCCGAAGUGCCGGCGCACCCCGCCGUGCCGGAGCUCCCAAAGCCUGAACUGCCGCCCCACCCCACCGAGCCAGAGCUGCCCAAACCCGAGGCGCCACAUUACCCUGCCGUGCCAGAGCUGCCUCCUCACCCCACCGAGCCUGAACUACCAAAGCCCGAGGUGCCGGCGCACUCCGCUGUGCCGGAGCUGCCGAAGCCGCCGAAGCCGGAACUGCCUCCUCACCCCACCGUGCCGGAGCUGCCCCACCCGGACGUGCCGGAGGUGCCAAAGCACGAGCUGCCACCGAAGCCCGAGACCCACUACCCGGUGCCAGAGACCAAGCCAUGAUUGGAUUGCAUCCGUCUUGCCGCAGUAUUAAUAAAAACUUUCUAUACAUGUGCCUAUGAUAUGGUGUAAAAUGUGAUGUUUGCCUGCGAUUAGCCAGGAGCGUGAUGUUACAAUAGAGUAUGGUGCUGCUGCUUUGUUUUUUUGAUGGAUGAUGAUGUAGUGUA